UUAGAUCGAGUUUCUCCUCUGUAGGCUCUUCUCUGAGCACAGCUCUCGCGUCAGCCUCCAAGUCCUUAUCUAUUAUACUGUGGAUUGUCUCUUCGGAAGCAGACGUUCAGUCUUGAGCAGAUUCUUCAUCCAGAAAGUUUCCUUCAUGUGCGUUUUCUAAGUUACUAGGAACAAACGACAAGAAACGGUAUCCGAGAGGUGCAGUGAAGAUUUCGCGGCGGGGGUUGUUCCCCGGGAACGUGUAUUACAGUGGCUGGCUGGAAAAGUGUUAAUUUCCAGCGAUGAAGAGGGCAUUAAUGGAUUCCUGCUAAGUCCUCUAGUUUUGCUAGGGACGAGCUGGAUCUCCCCCUUGAACACGACCCGGCCGUAGUCUGUUUUGACAGUAGUGGAAGUAGAAGCAGCAACAGCGACGGCGGCAAAUAUCGCCUUGUUAAAUAGAGCUAGCAGUAGAAGUAGUCACAUCAGCGUCGGUCCCCAGAAAAUUUCCCCAAACACCGGAGGUAGUGAAAAUUUCAACCCGUGCGAGCGAGAGGGGACGGAAAAAACUUUAAAGUGAUGUAAUAAAAGCACAAUGUCAAAUAUUGACAUAUCGACGACAGCAGUAGCAGCAAUAUGGACAAACACUUGGCAGCAACUAGUACAACUGCUGGCGCUGGGAACACUGGUUCUGGCCAUUGCCAGUAGUGGAGGUAGUGUUCAGCUGGGCGUUUCGGCAGAGGGCAACAUUGGUUGCCUUUUCGCUGAGACGCUAUGCAUGGAACAUCUGGAGUGGUGUUAUGAUGAUUUCGCAUUCGGAAAAUGUCUUCCGCAGUAUGGGCUCGAGCCGGAGGAGCUUUUUCGGGAGCCUCUCAACGAGGAUCAGUCACGCUUUUUGGCGAUUAUGAUGGAAGAUCUGCACGGCGCUGGACUUGGCUGGGAGCACCCGUUCACCCAGUGUCGGAUGCAGGGUGCACUUUUUGCGAUGCGUACUAAUUCGGAGAUUCCUAGAAGUCUUUGUGCAAAUUUGGCUCCAGAUCCUGAGGUUCCCGGACCCCAAAGCCCCCUUGCGAUCGUUCGAUUUACUCCACCGAACGAUGAGUACGCCGAUGAAGUGUACUAUCCUCCGCUGAAAAAAUCCCAGCCCUCUUCCUCAUUCGACGAGAAGAGAUUCUUUCCAUCCGCUAGGCAUACCUCGAAAAAAUCCGCUCCAGGGUUCGAAAUGUUCCCGGAGCUAGUCGAACCGAUAAUAUCGAAACAUCACUUCACUCCAAUCGAUGAUAACUUGGGAGAAGUAUAUCCUCCAAUGGCAGUGCCUCUAAUAGAUCGCAAACAGGAACAAAUGGAAAGAGCACGUCUCCGUGAUUUGAGAAAUGAAGCUGCAUUUCGGCGUAUGCUAGCCCAGUUCAGUACAGGAAACCUAGAGCAGCAGCUUUACACGCCGGAUGUCACCGAUUAUAUGGAUGAAUCAGUUCCCGAUGAACAUGAAAACCUUGGCUCGCAUCUCAAACCAGAUACACCGGUUGGCGAGAAACGUGAUCAUUCACUUUUCAAGCAACAGAAAGUGGAUAUCGACGAUGAGAAAGCGCUCAAGAAGUUGGUGGAAAAACUUACUCCCAUCGAUGUUCCAGAUUACACUUAUAUUAAUCCGAAAGCAUCUUCUUUUCGGGAGUACGCCAAUAUGCACCACAUCCCUAAAAUUUCCAACUUCGCACCGGAGAAUGUGAACGGCGAGAUCCACGAGGCCAGCAAUCCCAGUCUCGACAAGUUCUAUAAAAUACCUCGCCAGCAUUUAAACGAGCUCGAUGACAUACCCAACACCUUCCGGGAGGAUGCUCAAUUUGCUCCAUCCGAAUCGGGUCUCUACACGGAGGGUGGCUUUGUCUACGUACCAAAAUCUGGCUCGACAAAAGGCAAAAAUGACGCACGUACACUACUGGAUAAUAUUCUUGGAUUUACUCGUCACGAACGGUUGGACGUGAAGAAGCCUGGCCCUCCGGCAGCUCCUCCCCCAUCGUCGCAAACACUAAACGAGCUACCGAAGGAGAAAUUACCCGAAAAACAUGAAGAGGAGCAGGACUCGAAAAAACCUAAGUCUAAGAAAGAACUUCACGUCCACACGGACGAUAAUCACGCUCCCCACUCUGUUGACACGGAAUAUGCGCAUGUAAUUCUGAAGAAUCCCAUUGAUAACUGGAAGGAUGGAUCACGAAUUGUAACUGCACUAGCGGAGCUAUUGAACAUGCAAGGAUACUUUACUCAUCCGCGAGUUGACCGUCACGAGGUGUCCUUCCGGGUGGAGCCCAACCCGGACAAGAAGUCGGCCGCCGAUGUCGCCAAGCAGAUCAACGACAGCCGAUUCAAGAACAACCUCUCGCGCCGUCUGGGAGUGCUGGUGAUUCAGGCUGGCGUUGGCGACAAAACCAAGGAGCUGGAUGCGGUGACCACCGAACGAUUGAAACGCGUCGAGGAGGGACCCGACGUGACGCACGUUAUGGCAUUCAUGUUUGCAGGAGCUGGUGCCGCAGCGAUCAUAGUUAUCGUGAUCACGCUUUUUCUUAUCAAGAAGCAUGACAAAAAGAAGGACAAGAUAGGAGGUUUGCAGGCGGGGCUAUCCGGAGCGGAGAGUUGCAGCAAGGACUAUCAGGAUUUAUGCCGGGCGAGGAUGGCGGGUAAGGCCGGUGCAAAUGAUUCCCCCGGGAGUCGGGUCACCUCGCUGGCGAAGGAAGCUGAGAGGCCACCGUCGUCGCGGUCGAGCACGUCGUCCUGGAGUGAAGAACCGGCUCUAACGAACAUGGAUAUAUCUACUGGUCACAUGGUGUUGUCUUAUAUGGAGGAUCACCUACGCAACAAGGGAAGACUGCAGCGUGAGUGGGAAGCACUGUGUCGGUACGAGGCAGAGCCGAGUGCGCGUGAUGCCGCUUUGCAGUCUCAGUGUGUUCCAUUGAAUCGACCCGGUGCUCCAUUGCCCUAUGAUCAUUCUCGUGUAGUUCUGAACCAUUUGGCCAACGCAGAAGGGAUGGACUAUAUCAACGCUUCGACGAUUUUCUUUCCUUUCCAGACGGACCAUGACCCUCGUGCCCCCGCUUACGUUGCAUCCCAGGGGCCAAUGCAGUCAACGCUGGCCCACUUCUGGCAGAUGGUAUGGGAGCAGGGAGCCGUCGUGUUGGUGGCACUCUGUCGCCUCCAAGAAAACGGUGAAUCUGCCUGUGCUCGAUAUUGGCCUGAGGAAGGUGCCGAGGUGUAUCACAUCUAUGAGGUUCAUCUGGUGAGCGAACACAUCUGGUGCGAUGACUAUCUGGUGCGAUCGUUCUACCUGAAGAACCUUCGAACCGGAGAGACGCGCACCGUGACCCAGUUCCACUUCCUCUCGUGGCCCCAAGGUGGCGUACCGACUUCGGCGAAGGCACUGUUGGAUUUCAGACGCAAGGUGAACAAGUCGUACCGGGGACGAUCGUGUCCAAUUGUGGUCCACAGCAGCAAUGGAUCCGGUCGCACCGGGGCGUACAUCCUGCUCGAUCUAGUGCUCGGGCGCAUGAACAAAGGCGCCCGGGAGAUUGACAUUGCGGCUACCCUGGAGCAUUUGCGUGAUCAGCGGGCCGGGUUGGUUGCCACCCGGCAACAGUUCGAGUUCGUGCUGAUGGCAGUGGCGGAAGAGGUCCAUGCAAUCCUGAAGGCCUUGCCCCAGAACUCGAACGCCAGCGGCGAGAAACGAUCCAGCGAUCCGACCGAGAAGGAACAGGUCACGCAAGCGAAGGAACCGCAAGAUACGGAAGCAAAGGCAAAGGAAAAGACGGACAAAUGAGCAGACAGCAAGCAUGAUGGGAGGAGCUUAAGUUGAGGGAUCUUUUUUCUAUGAGUUGCAAGCGUGUUGAGUUUCGGUUUUUGUCCCCCAAAAACUCGUUGCUCAAAAUUUUUACGUUGUGUUAUUGGUGGUUUAGAUAUAUAGGGAUGAUUUAGGGAAUUUCCCUUGGUUGAAACAAUAUUUCGUUGGUUGAGUUAUGUUGGAUAAAAAAAUAUAUUUGAAGUGAAAUGUUAUCAGUUGAAAUUCAGUUAGCAGAACCUGAUAAAUACGAUACUGGAAAUCCAAUGCAAACGUCUUAGGGAAUUUUGAAUCACAAAAGAGUAAAAUAACAAAUCACAUUAUUAAACAUAAUCGUUAUUUAAUCAAUCCUUAAAAAAACGAAAAGAGAGAAAAAGUAGUUAUCUGUCAAUUGUACAACACAUUUAGAAGUGUGUCCGCAGGGGAAAGUUUUUCCUUUGAGUUGGGGAAAAAUUGGCUCCUGUGGCUACCAGGUAUUUUCAAGCAUCUAUUGGGAACCAUUUACUAACAACAGCAAGUACAUAUACACAUAAGUAAACGGUCAUCAGCUUUGACGAACAGCCGCCACCAGCCAGCGGAUACACGAACAGCUCGAUGCGCCGACGACAGUGAUCGGGAAUUAUUUUUGAGGAUGUUACAAACCAAGAUCGUACGGACGAGGAUUGCGAACACGCAACACGGAUACCAACAUCAUUGAAUUAUUUUUAUGAACUGUCGAGACAGCAGCCGGAGGGAAACAUACCUAUAUUAUAGCAAAUAACAUAUUACUAAACCAAGUUCACAUAUGUACCUCUAAACAGAAACUUUUUUAAGACAGAGAAUUUUAAAGUCGUUAUUCAAGAAAAUAAUUGGAUUGAAAAGUAUAUAUUUUAUGAAUCUAGAACGGAGGGGGCAUUAGUUGGCCAUAGGUAGAAACGCAUUUCAUCGUUCAUAUGAUAACAGAACACUGCGCUGUUUGACAGCAUCCGGUCGUUUUGUUCCAUAUCCGGUGACACAUAUAUCUCUAGGAACUGGCAACACGUCUAUGUUUCUUUUCCUUGGACCUGAGGUGCGCAAAAGCACAAGAAAAUCUACAUAUUCACAAACCAUUACAGCGAGACAAACUAGAUGAAAAACAAACAAUCGGUGCAGCUAUUAGAUAGGAUAAGGAAUAUCACAUCAAUUUGAGGAAGGGAUGAGAAGGGAUUGCAAACGAGCGGAGAUUUAAAAAUAUAUAUUUUUUGGUUCCUUAUUGGAUUUGAAAGCGCAAGGAAAAGAGAAGACUACACACAGAUUCUUAUUUUCGGUGGACAUAUAGUAUGCGAUUGUUCGAUGAAAACAGUAAGGUAACGUUAAGUAGCUUUAAAAUAUUUAUAAAACUUAUCCAAUCGAAUACAGAAGUGGCUCUUCACGCAUUCCUUUGCACUUCAUAGAAAUUUCAAACACUGUAAAAUACAUAUAUUCAGCAAAGGUACAUUUACGCACGUCUCCAAAACAAAAUGCAUUCAUAAAAAAAGUAUAUAAAAUAGCACGAAUAUAGUAUACAUAUUGGCUCACCCUGUCCUGUCAACAUGCCUUAAACUAUCCAGCCAGUUUAGGCACGUUGACGGGAAGAAUCGUCUAUCGUUUAAACUUUUUUUUUCGCCUUUCGUCACCCGAGAAUGAGUAAAUCUCAGCCAAUUUCCGUUUUUUGUUAAUUUCGGGGGCCAUACCGAAUCAAAUAGUUCCAAACUUAUUCUAUUUGGGCGAGGUAUUUACAACUCUUGGUGACGAACAGAGCAAAGAAUGGAAUAAUCUAACACAAACAAAAAUAAUUUGUUUGCAUUUGCACUGUUGAACAAGUUUUUCAGGGACUGUGCAAGAAGUUCAACUUCGAACACCGGUUCAAAUUUUUACCAACUAGACUAUUGUCUUACCCCUUCAAGAAUCACCUCAACUAAUCGUUGUUUUUCUCCCUUGUGAACUAAAAAACUGUUCUCCGUUUGUUUAACCCACUAAAAUUGCAUUUAUACCCAAAUUAUUACCCAUGUUACCUACUGUAGAAGGGGAGAACCUUAUAAGGUAUAUUCGAUGUAACAAGUUUUUAAAACUAUUCCAAAGAUACACCGAUGAAUACAAUUUUGAAGCCAUUAUUCCUAGACAGUAGACAUACUUAUACAUUACGGAGCCAUUCGUACAUACACAUAUAUAUGGGAAUGCGAAUAGUUACCAAUUAAAUACAAGAACACUAUUCCUAACAUAGACAUCGCAAGGUGGGGCUCAUUAUUUUACAUUAGUCACUGUUCGAGGAAAAAAAACGAGCGAUUGAGAGCUUCUCAACAGGAUCAGUUGAAAUUGAAGCACCGACAGACCAACUGUCGUUCAGCUCGCCAUUAUCUACGGAUCCAUAAGUGCGAUCUGUUGUGAGAAGAAAUAUUGAAGGUGUUAGACAAGAACUCCUAACGUAAGAUAAAGUUAUAUAUAUUCCGUGGUAAACAAAAGGGAAAUAUUCAUAUAUUUUUUGUGUAUAAAUGUCCACGAUAAAGCAAAACUAUUAUUACCAGAACAUUGAGAUAGGGGAAGGAAAACUAUAUAUCAGCUAAUGUCAAAUGACCACCAAUCAACUGAAGAAAUGUGCUUAUAUAAAUCAGUAAGAAAUUCAUAUAUUAUUCAGAUUAGAACUAUAAAGAAAAAGCAACAGAGAGUUUGCAAAUUUAUUUACUAUUCUUAUAUUUCACCAAGAAAAAAAAAAGUUUAUAUUUCUGAUCAGUAUCAGUAAUCCACAACACCCCUUCUAUUUGGUUGAUAAACACAGGCAACAGGAAUGGGAUUCAAAAAAAACUAAACAUGAAAUAAUAUCGACUGCAUUCUUAUACAGAUCACGUGGUUAUUGUGACAUACACAUAUAUAUAUUUAUUGCAUUAAUCAUUGUUAUAACUUCUGGGGAUGUUUCUAGAGGAAACAAACUGGCACACGAAAAAGAACAUCCACAACUAACCCAACACUAACAAAACAAAGAAUAAAUCUGCGUCAAAAACAGCGUAAAUUGUUAGCAAGAGAGAAGAGAGCAAGGAACAUUGGAGGAAAACGAAUAUCAAAUUUAUUUGUUGCCACAAAUCUAAUCAACACACAAUAUGUGAAACACAAUUAUCAAAGAACAAACAAAAAAAAACAAGCAAACUAAUAAAACACGCAUGCUACUUAAAUGUUGUGUAAUGCAUUAUAUAUACACGAUUAACCAGCAACAAAACCAAGCAAACAAAAAAAAGACAUGAAAAUAUAUAAAAAUAUUACAUUCAAGAACAACAGCACAAAGAGGAUCUCUUUAUUCGUAAGAACAAGACAAAUUCCAGCAGCGCUUCACCAAAGGGACUGUUUGCCGGUCCAUCGGCAGACGAGGAUUAGAUAAUAUUUAGCAGAACUGGAAUUAACUGAAGCGUGUGAAAUGUUGUAUAAAACCUUUUUUGCCUGCGAAUGAUGAAUGAAAAGUUAGACGGGAGAUAUAUACAUAUAUUGCCAGACGGAUGAAGGCUAGUCGAAAAAAAAAGGGGUAAUAAAAUCCAAUUAUAACGGUUCAAAACUGUGCGAUGGUGGAAAA